AUGGAUCGAUGGAUGGAGCUGCCAGAGCCGUCUGAGAAAGCCCAGUCUGGGACUGCCAGGGGUCACCAGGGUCUCGAGGCCCUCCAGGCUUCUCCAGGGUUUCAGGGUGUCCCCGCCCCGGGGCCUGCGGGUCAGGGUCGCCACGGAGAGGUGGGCGGGGGCAGGGCGGUCCCACGGAGCGGGGCAGGUGACCCCGGGGACCCUGGAGACCCCGGCUCCCUGCUGGCCACAGCAUUCCCCUCAGCACUGGCAGGACAAGCCAGGCAGGGGUGGCCGGGGUCCCCGGGGGCUCGGGAUGGGCUGCGGGACGAGCCGCAAAAGGCCAGGAGGGAGCAGGCGGCCAGGUGCCAAGCCCAGUUCGACCGCCGGGUCACCGCCAGAUACGACAUCAAGGCUGUUAUUGGAAGGGGUAACUACAGCAGGGUUAUCAGAGUGGAACAGAAGGCUACCAAGCAGCCUUUUGCCAUAAAACUGAUUGAAACCAGCAGGAGGGAAGGCAGAGAAGUGUGCACAUCUGAAUUGAGUGUCCUCAGGAGGGUCAGCCACUGCAACAUCAUCCAGUUGAUAGAAGUCUUCGAGAUCCGGGAUCGUGUGUACUUAGUGAUGGAGUUGGCUACCGGAGGAGAGCUAUUGGACCGAGUCAUCGCCCAAGGGUCUUUCACAGAACGGGAUGCUACCCGAGUUCUCCAGAUGGUUGCUGAUGGAAUAAGGUACUUGCACAGUUUACGGAUAACUCAUCGGAAUCUGAAACCUGAAAAUCUCCUGUAUUAUCACCCGGGGGUGGAGUCCAAGAUCUUGAUCACGGAUUUUGGGUUGGCUAGUUCUGGCAAAGCGAGCAGCAACUGGUCCAUGACCACUCUUUGUGGGACUCCAGAAUACAUGGCGCCUGAGAUUUUGCUAAGGAACCCUUACACCAGUGCUGUGGACAUGUGGGCUCUUGGGGUAAUUACUUAUAUUUUACUGAGUGGCAUGUUGCCUUUUGAGGAUGAAAAUCAAUCAAGGCUUUAUAGAAAGAUUCUGAAGGGCAAAUACAGCUACACUGGAGAUCCCUGGCCAAAUGUUUCAAACUUGGCAAAGGACUUUAUAGACCAGUUGUUAAACGUGGAUUCCACUUUUCGCAUGUCAGCAGGCCAGGCCCUGAACCACCCCUGGGUCUUGGCCACAGCGGCUACAUCUUCCAUGAAGAAUCUUCACCGGUCCAUCUCCCAGAACUUAAUGCACAGGACGCCCAUCCGUUCUCGGAGCUUGAAGUCAGCGCCAACUUCUGAGUCUUGUCAUUCCAACAGGUCAAACCUACCUGAGGGAAGGAAACUAUGAAAGGAGAUAUUUAUCCUCGACCUUUCUCAUGGGAAUCCAGGCUACCCAUCAAGGCAUGUUUUCCCAGUGUGCAUCCUUGGGUCUAGAUGAAAACCAAGUUUUUGGAGAAGCAGCAUUAACUACUUACAGGCCCCUAAAUUAUUAGUUAAUUGCUACCUAAGAUUAUUAAAUCGGCUUUAGUGGCCUCCAAGGAUUUA